GAAGCGCGCAUGUUAUAAAUAAAAUCUUAGAAUAAAUGGUGCACAUGGAUAAUUAAACUUUAAACUCUUUUUAUAAUUAUUUUUUAUUACUAUACACAUUUUUAUAAUUAUAUUUCUUGAAAAGUUUAUUUAUAUUUUAAUUUUGGAGAUUAUUAAAAUAAUAACAGGAACCAUUUUUAAGUGUAACAAUGGCUCAAUUUGGAAACGUUUCAGCUGAUCAAUUAAUGGCCGGUACCAGUGUUUUGUCUCGACCUGCUGAUGAAUUCGACAACGAUCCUUCUGUUGAAGCAAUGUGGGCUAUAAAAGCUUUCGAGCAUGCUGAAAUUUAUUUUAAUAUCUUGUGCUCGGUGGAUCCAAAAUUAUUGAGAUUAACACCACACGAUGAUCAAAUUUAUAAAACAUUUCGCGAAACAUUUCCGAAUCUCAAAGUGGACGUAAUUAAUGAAGAAGAGUUGAAAUCCGAAGAUGGGAAAAUAAUGUGGAGACCAUUUUGUGAUAAUUUUAAAAAUGUUGUUGAAGACUAUAGUUUUGGCACUCUUUUACGUUUAAAUUGCAAGGAAGACUACACGGAAAGUAAUAGUAUUUUAACAACAAGAAUUCAAUUUUACGCUAUUGAAUUGGCAAGAAAUCGUGAGGGUGACAACGAUGGAAUCAGAGAGAAAUUCAAACCUAAAAAGAUAAGCAAUAACGAAAAUAAAUCGUAAAAAUAAAUUUUAUAUAUUUAAUUUUAGUUAUUCUAUUUUUUAUUAAAAUGAAAAACAUUUUUCUUUUUUGUACACAAUUUGUAUAAUAUAAGACUAGUAUAUAUUUUUUUACAAUUAUUAUCUAAUUAAAAGUUACAAAUAACAUUAAAAACAAAAAAAUUAA